GCAGCUGGGGGGCGAGAGAGGCAGGUUAGGGGGUCAGGCCUAGGUGGGAGGGGAAGCAGGUGGGGGGCGUGGCAUGGAGGAAGCACAGGGCACCACCCUCCUUGGCCAGGUCUCCCUCUGUCCUCUGGCAGGGCAGGGGAGGGGGUUCCCGGGGUCUGCAGUGCUGGCAGGUGGCAGACCCCGGAGACUGGAACCCAGGGGACCUCAGCCCGGGGAAAAGGGACUAAUCAAAGGAUGUUCCGGUCUUGCCCUGCCCUGCCCUCCUUCCGUCUCCCCUCUUGGAUGCCUGUUGGCAGGUCAUCCAAGUAUCUCUCUCUGGGCCUUCCCUUCCUGAAUGUUCCAGGAUCAGGCAAUCCUGCUUCCACACCCGUCCCUUGCGUGGCUGACAAGAACCAACUGGCUGCUGCUCUGCUUGCUGCCACACGGGGCCGCUGUUGACUGGGUCUGGUGCAGUCUUGUGGCCUUUGGUGCCCUGAAGUUUCAUUUUGAGGGGUUACCUUCUUACAAAUAGGGGCAGCACCAUCCUGUCCAUGUUUAGGGCUAGAGAGUCUUAACCCAGCCAUGUUCAGCCAACUUGCAGAUGUUAAGCAAUAACAGUCAAUUUGGGUGGCUCCUCCUACAAUUUUAGAAUUUAUUUUAUUUAUUAUUGUUUUUUUUCGAGAUAGAGUCUCACUUCAUCGUCCAGCCUGGAGUGCAAUGGUGUGAUCUCAACUCACUAUGACCUCUGCCUCCCAGGUUCAAGUCAUUCUCCUGCCUCAGCCUCCCCAGUAGUUGGGAUUACAGGCAUGUGCCAACACACCCGGCUAAUUUUUGGUUUUUUUUUAGUAGAGACAGAGUUUCCUCAUGUCAGCCAGGCUGGUCUCAAACUCCUGACCUCAAGUGAUCUCAAGUGAUCUGCCAGCGUCGGCCUCCCAAAGUGCUGGGAUUACACGCUAAAGCCACCGCACCUGGCCUCCUUUACGUUUUUACAAUUGCCAUUCAGUUGAGCAUAUUUUAAUUUAUUUACAGUCUAUGCAGGCUUCUUGUCAGCUCAGUUUAACAAAAUCAAACCAAACACCUAAUUGGGACAGAAUUCAUAUCCUAUACAACUCACCCAUUUACAGCGUACAGUUCAGUGGUUUGGAGGCAGUGGGCCUCCCUCGUGGCCAGAACCCAUCUGCUGCUCUUAGACGGGCCCUAGACUUGCCCCGUAUCCCCUUGACUCACCCCGGAGGUCCCUUCCUAGUGUCACAUUGGUAUUCACAUCUUUAGCUACUGAAGACUCCAGGUCCAGGGCUUGGUAGCGGGCUGUGGCCCCUGCCAGGCUGGCUUCAGUCACAAUCAAGGGUUAUCUCAGACGUUCCUCCUGCCUAUCAGGGCCUGCACCCUCUGCCAAGAGACUCUCUACAGACCUCAGCGGGGUGUGUCCUUGGUCCCAGCUCGGGGGAAGGUGGGGUGGGGACAGGAUCAGGCCAUCCAUGAAAGACCAUGGCAGGGCCUGAGCUCAUUCUGCUCCCUGGAACCUGGAAGGUGCUCAGCAAAUACUUGUGGAAACAGUAGCAGGCAACACUGAGGGGCACUGAUUCUGUGCCAGGAGUUGUGAUCUUCCUUUUCCAUUCUCACGUCUCCCACUGUGACCCUCUGAAGAACCAUGGCAAUUAGGUGUUACUGUUACUUCCAAAAGCCUCAGAGAGGUUAAGUAACUCACGCGGGGUUACAAAGUAAAUAAAUAAACAAACCAAUAAACAGUGCCCCUUCCUAGAGCUCCAGGUGCUGCCACCCAUCGAGGGUCUCUCAGCAAAGGUCUCCGCCCCUUCCUCUGCCCUGAGUAUGCCAGCUGGGCACGUUUAGUGUGGAAAUAGAGCCACAGUUGCUCAUCUUGACCUGCGCACCCAGAAGAGUGGGGAGGAGGAGAGGAGGGAGAUGAAGAUUUAGCAUAGAGACCCUUGGUGGGGCCAUGGGGGGCAUGGGACCACUGUGGCUGGGGGCUCUGAGGGCUUCCUGGAGGAGGCAGCAUUUGCCACCAGGGUCCUGCUGAUAUUUUCAUCCUGUGACUUUCUCCUGGGGGACGUUUUUCCUGAUGAGGUAAUUCCCUGCUAGCCCAUUCCAGUAAAAACACAGCAAAGUUUCAGGCAACCUGGAGUUGAGCAACCUGUUCCCGAGCCAGCUGUGCAGUGUGGCUCCCGGGGGCAGGGCCCUGGAUGAGCAGGGCAGAUACAGAGCCGUUGUAGGUCCUGGCAGUGAGAAAAGUGUAGGUGUGGGAAUUAGGAGGUGCAGCCCUGCCCCACGCCUGUUGGGUAAUCCUGAGCAUCAGCCCAUUGCCAGGCAUGGGCACCAGGCUCUGGGAGGUUCGCAGUCAGCCGAGGAGGGCUGAGGACAGGAGGUGGGAGCAGAGCUGGCACGUCGGGAGGCAGCAUGUCCAAGGAAGAGGGUGGAAGUGCGGUGAAGGGCCCGGGAGCAGAGCCCACACUGGGAUCCCGCUGGGCUUCCCCUGGGCCCUCUGGCUAAAGCCCAGAGAGGUUCAUGCCCUGGGGCAGUCUCCUCUCUGCCAACCCACCCCCACCUGCCACUUGUGCCCAUGGAUGCCAGUCCCGGAGCUCUCUCCUCCACUUCUGCUUCCUUCCAGGACCAGCUGAGUGCCACCCCCCUCCCCAGAGCAGGACGGACCCCUUUGAGGACACGCUGCGGCGACUGAGGGAGGCCUUCCACUCGGGGUGCACUCGGCCGGCCGCGUUCCGGGCUGAGCAACUCCAGGCUCUCGGCCGCUUCCUUCAAGAAAACAAGCAGCUUCUGCACGACGCGCUGGCCCAGGACCUGCACAAGUCAGCCUUCGAUUCAGACAUAUCUGAGCUCAUCAUUUGCCAGAAUGAGAUCAACCUCGCUCUCAAGAACCUGCAGGCCUGGAUGAAGGACACGCCAGCGUCCACAAACUUGUUCACAAAGCUGGACUCAGCCUUCGUCCGGAAGGAGCCCUUUGGCCUGGUCCUCAUCAUCGCACCCUGGAACUACCCCAUUAACCUCACCCUGGUGCCCCUGGUGGGCGCCCUCGCCGCAGGGAACUGCGUGGUGCUGAAACCAUCAGAAAUCAGUCAGGGCACAGAGAAGGUCUUGGCUGAGGUGCUGCCACGGUACCUGGACCAGAGUUGCUUUGCCGUGGUGCUGGGCGGGCCUGAGGAGACGGGGCAGCUGCUGAAGCACAAGUUCGACUACAUCUUCUUCACAGGGAGCCCUCGCGUGGGCAAGAUUGUCAUGACGGCUGCAGCCAAGCACCUGACGCCCGUCACCCUGGAGCUAGGGGGCAAGAACCCCUGCUAUGUGGACGACGACUGCGACCCCCAGAUCGUGGCCAACCGCGUGGCCUGGUUCCGCUACUUCAACGCCGGCCAGACCUGCGUGGCCCCUGACUACCUCCUGUGUAGCCCUGAGAUGCAGGAGAGGCUGCUGCCCGCCCUGCAGAGCGCCAUCACCCGUUUCUAUGGCGACGACCCCCAGAGCUCCCCAAAUCUGGGCCGCAUCAUCAACCAGAAACAGUUCCAGCGGCUGCGGGCACUGCUGGGCUGUGGCCGCAUGGCCAUCGGGGGCCAGAGCGACGAGUGCGAUCGCUACAUCGCCCCCACGGUGCUGGUGGAUGUGCAGGAGACGGAGCCGGUGAUGCAGGAGGAGAUCUUCGGGCCCAUCCUACCCAUCAUGAACGUGCAGGGCAUGGACGAGGCCAUCGAGUUCAUCAACAGGAGGGAGAAGCCCCUGGCCCUGUACGCCUUCUCCAACAGCAGCCAGGUUGUGAACCAGAUGUUGGAGCGGACCAGCAGUGGCAGCUUUGGAGGCAAUGACGGCUUCAUCUACAUGACUCUGCCGUCCCUGCCCCUGGGGGGCGUCGGCCACAGCGGCAUGGGCCGGUACCACGGCAAGUUCACCUUCGACACCUUCUCCCACCACCGCGCCUGCCUGCUCUGCCCCGCUGGCCUAGAGGAGCUCAACAACAUCCGCUACCCUCCCUAUUCCCACAGCAUGCAGGAGCUGGUCCGCUGGGCCCUGGGCUCCCACAGCUGCACCCUCCUGUGAGCACCCUGCCCGCCUCCAACGGGUCGCACAGAGAAACCUGAGUCUAGCCCUGAGGGGCUCUGUGCCCCUCAACUCACAUUGUUCCUCCAGACCGUGGGGUCCCCCAGCCUGAGGUUGGUGGAGCUGUCACAUGACUGCAUCCUGGCUGCCGGGAUUGAAAACAAGGUCCUGCUUCUAUCUGGGGGACGCCAUUCGUUCGAGAGAGGCCAAGAGGCCGCAAAACGUGCCAAGUGUCCCCACUCACCCCACCCUCCCCAAUUCCAGCCCUUUGCUCUCUCAGUCACGGUUGGCCAGGCCCAGUCCUGUGAUAGCUUUACCCCGGGAAGGACAGUGCCCUGCCUUCUUAGGGGCAGCAGCGCUGAAGGGUUCAGAGCGUGGAGUUCUCUCCUCUAGGCACGCACAGGUCCACCUCUGCCCCAUCCCAGCCGCACCGGCACCGCCUCCCCCAGGGACCCUCCCACAUCUCACACCGGUCUCUGCACCACUCCCUGGCUCACACUGCACCCUGCACUCACCUGCAGCUGCUGCGUCCACUGGGAAAGCUGAGGUCGGCCUCACUCCACUGCGCAGCGUUACUGGGGUCUGUGGCAAGUCCCUUGACUUCUCUGAGCCUCAGUUUCCUUAUGUGAAAGUUGCUGGAACCAAAAUGGAGUCACUUAUGUCAAAUGCUAACAAAAUGGAGUCGGGGAGGUCACAAGGAAGCCCUCACACACAUGCCCGCAACAGGAUUUCUCACAAGACACUCCUGCACUUAGAUGAGACGCAGGGCAUAUGGAGAGCACGUCCUGAGCCUGUAGCAUUCCCCGUGAACUGCAGACGCUUCCCUAGCACGGCCGUCUCCACUGCCAACUCCUGCGAUCAGCUUGUGACCUAUCAACCUUGUUUCAAAGCCGCUAACACGGCCUUCUGCUUUAAAGGCGUCCCCGUGGCUGCGGCCCCCAGUGUACAGCUGGGGUCCGUCCUCACGCUCCCAGCGAUCCUCUGGUCUUCCCAAAUAAACUCAUCUGUUCUGGAGAGCCUGGCUCUCUGAGGCUGAACUUACCUUGUAGAAUGUGGUCUCCACACAUCUGGAUCCUAAAGGAAAUCUCAGAUUUAGAAGGAUGUUGCGGAGUCUGCUGUCAAACCCUUGGCUCAAGCGUCUCCCUCGGUCUCCCAAGCUGCGAUUACGGGCGUGAGCCACCAUGCCCAGCCCACAUUUCUAAAAUACGGUAUUUCAGUCCAAACCUUGCUAAUAUAAUCACUGUUUCUAAUUGUAUCCAGCUUACAGAGGGCGGGGAUUUAUUUUAAUUUUAAUGUUUGACUGAUGUUAUAUAAAUAAGAAUAUUCAUGAAUAGUUUCUGAAUUUUGUGGGAAUCAAAUAGGGAGAAAAAGUGAAUCCUUCCACCUUUGUUCACAAAGGACACUUGGUCAAGUUAUUGCAGAUGUCAACCCAGAGAGUCAGACUCCGUACAAUAUUUGAAGAGAUUUAAUCUGACCAUGGCCCGUGACACAGCCCUUAGGAGAUCCUGAGGACAUAAGCCCAAGGUGGUCGGGUCACAGCUUGGAUUUAUACAUUUCAGGGAGACAUAAGGCAUCCAUCAAUACGUACAAGAUAUAUGUUGGUUUGGGCCAGAAAGAUUGGACCACUCAAAGCUGGGGCCACUGUACUCCAGCCUGGGCGACAGAGUGAGACCAUGACUCAAAAAUGAAGAAUAACCGUGAGUGACAAAGCCCGGAACAGCCAGGCCGAGAUCUGAAGACGGCUGUCGAUUGACAGGAGGUUUAAGCAUUUCCGCAGCAUCCAACCACCCAACACGGUGAUCACAGUCAUGGAUGUAUCCUGGCAUACCAGAGUUUGAGGACUUCGGACCAUUGCCCACGUUUUAGUGACACACUUACACAGACAUUACUUACAGGAAGUUAAACACCAUUUCUGUCUGGCAAUGCUUCCCAUGUUACUCACCAAAUAAGCCCGGUCAUUUAAUCUCUCCACAAGAUGAGAUACACAAACUUUGAGGCACUCCAGGAGGCCCUUCUGGAAGAAUCUCAAAGUUGAUUUUAGGCCAGAUGGCUUAAUUUAGGAUUUGGAUCCUGGGAAAACCUUCGAUCUAAAGAUGUCAGAAAGUUGGAAUGACUUUCUUCAACCAAAUCAGAGAUCACUGCUAAAUAAUAGUUACUCAUUUAACCACAGUGACAAUCAAAAGACUUCAAAAGGAAGGCCGGGCGAGGUGGCUCACGCUGUGAUCUCAGCACGUUGGGAGGCCGAGGUGGCAGAUCAUGUGGUCAGCCUGGACCAACAUGGUAAAACCCCAUCUCUACUAAAAAUACAAAAAUUAGCUGGUCAUGGUGGCGGGCACCUGUAAUCCCAGCUACUCGGGAGGCUGAGGCAGGAGAAUUGCUUGAACCCAGGAGGCGGAGGUUGCGGUGAGCCGAGAUAGCGCCACUGCACUCCAGCCUGGACGACAGAGCAAGACUCCGUCUCAGAACAAACAAACAAAAGACUUUAAAAGCAAUACGGAAAGUUCCAUGCAUGGGAAAACCUUUAAAGCUCAGUCUCCCUAAGCAACCUGUGUUUCCUAGGCCAGUAAGCAGGGAAUACAUUAGUAAUACCACAGGAAGUCCUGGUGACAUGAAACAACUCAGCCGCAUUAAGAAAACUAAGAACACAGAAUGAAUCUACACUGGCACAGUGCCGGGGCGCGGUGGCUCACGCUUCUAAUUCCAACAUCCCAACACUUUGGGAGGCUGAGGUGGGUGGAUCACAAGAUCAGGAGUUCAAAACCAGUCUGACUAACAUGGUGAAAUCCCUUCUCUACCAAAAAUAGAAAAAUGAGCUGGGUGUGGUGGCACGCACCUGUAAUCCCGGCUACUCGGGAGGCUGAGGCAGGAGAAUGGCUUGAACCCUGGAGAUGGAAGUUGCAGUGAGCCAAGAUUGCACCACUGCACUCCAGCCUGGGCGAACGAGUGAGACUCCAUCUCAAAAAAAAAGAAAAAAAAAACAAAAAUAAAAACAAACAAACAAAAAAACCUGUUACAAAUAAUUUCAUCUAAUUAUAGCCAACAUGUUCUUUUUUAAAAGAAGAAAUAUAUAUUUGUUAUCGUAUUUUAGGUUCUGGGUUACAUGUGCAGAUCAUGCAGGAUUGUUGCGUAGGUACAUACAUGGCAACGUGGUUUGCUGCUUCCAUCCGCCAUCACCUAUAACCGGCAUUUCUCCCUCUGUUAUUCCUCCCCAAUCUCUCUACCCCCCACUGUCGCUUCCCUAGUCCCCCCGCAAUAGGCCCCAGUGUGUGAUGCUCCCCUCCCUGUGUCCAUGUGUUCUCAUUGUUCAACACCCACCUAUGAGUGAGAGAGAAUAUGCGGUGUUUGAUUUUCUGUUCUUGUGUCAGUUUGCUGAGAAUGAUGGUUUCCAGAUUCAACCAUGUCCCUACAGAGGACAAUAACUCAUCAUUUUUUAUGGCUGCAUAGUAUUCCAUGGUGUAUAUGUGCCACAUUUUCCCUGUCCAGUCUAUCAUCAAUGGGCAUUUGGGUUGGUUCCAGGUCUUUGCUAUUGUAAACAGUGCCGCAAUGAGCAUACGUGUGCAUGUGUCUUUAUAAUAGAACGAUUUAUAAUCCUUUGGAUAUAUACCCAGUAGUGGGAUUGCGGUGUCAAAUGGAAUUUCUAUUUCUAGGUCCUUGAGGAAUUGCCACACUGUCUUCCAUAAUUUACACUCCCACCCACAGUGUAAAAGUGUUCCUAUUUCUCCACAUCCUCUCCAGCAUCUGUUGUCUCCAGAUUUUUUAAUGAUCGCCGUUCUAACUGGCGUGAGAUGGUAUCUCAAUGUAGUUUUGAUUUGCAUUUCUCUAACGACCAGUGAUGAUGAGCAUUUUUUCAUAUGUUUGUUGGCCUUAUGUAUGUCUUCUUUUGAAAAGUGUCUUUUCAUGUCCUUCGCCCACUUUUGAAUGGGCUUGUUUGGUUUUUUUUUGUAAAUCUGUUUUAGUUCUUUGUAGAUUCUGGAUAUUAGCCCUUUGUCAGAUGGGUAGAUUGUAAAAUUUUUUCCCAUUCUGUUGGUUGUGGGUUCACUCUGAUGACUGUUUCUUUUGCUGUACAGAAGCUCUGCAGUUUAAUUAGAUCCCAUUUGUCUAUUUUGGCUUUUGUUGCCAGUGCUUUUGGUGUUUUAGUCAUGAAGUCCUUGCCUGUCUAUGUCCUGAAUGGUUUUGCAGAGGUUUUCUUCUAGGGUUUUUACAGUGUUAGGUCUUAUGUUUAAGUCUUUAAUCCAUCUGGAGUUAAUUUUAGUGUAAGGUGUCAGGAAGGAGUCUAGUUUCAGCUUCUGCACAUGGCUAGCCAGUUUUCCCAACACCAUUUAUUCAACAGGGAAUCCUUUCCCCCAUUGCUUAUUUUUGUCAGGUUUGUCAAAGAUCAGAUGGUUGUAGAUGUGUGGUGUUAUUUCCGAGGCCUCUGUUCUGUUCCAUUGGUCUACAUCUCUGUUUUGGUACCAGUACCAAGCUGUUUUGAUUACUGUAGGCUUGUAGUAUAGUUUGAAGUCAGGUAGCGUGAUGCCACCAGCUUUGUUCUUUUUGCUUAGGAUUGUCUUCGCUAUGUGGGCUCUAUUUUGGUUCCACAUGGAGUUUAAGGUGGUUUUUUUCCAUUUCUGUGAAGAGAGUCAUAGGUAGUUGGAUGGGGAUAGUGCUGAAUCUGUAAAUUACUUUGGGCAGUAUGGCCAUUUUCACAAUAUUGAUCCUUCCUAACUAUGAGCAUGGACUGUUUUUCCAUCUGUUUGUGUCCUCUCAUAUUUCCUUGAGCAGUGGUUUGUAGUUCUUUUUGAAGAGGACCUUUACAUCCUUGUGACACCCAACAUUUUCAUCGUAAGUUCCCAUUCACGAGCCUUGUCAUGACUUACUCAGACACCUGCGACAUGCUUGGACUGCCUGGUAUUUCCUCUGUCUUAAACGUGCAGUCGUUUCAGUCUAGGACAGACACUGACCAUACAGGAUUCUUUCCUGUACAAAAUUAUUCUCACUGCUUCACAUCCAUAGCUUUCUUUACCUCUCUCUCUCAUCUACUUAUGGUUCCUUUUACCUUUUUUCUAUUUCUUUCUUAAGUUCGUAUUUAAAAACUCCCUUUAAAUAACUUCUAAAUUACACAAAAUUACUUUUUUCUCAAUAAAGAACAUGUUUUAUACCUUU